AAAACAUGCCAUAAUUUGUGUCACUUUAUUAACAGUGUUGCACUUGUUGUUGACAAUCUUGAAAUGUACACUCGAAUCGCAAAAACAUUGCACUCUCGUGCAGAUGUAAGAUUUGUUAUCUUACUUUGGGGAGAAAAUUCAAGUAUCACAAGUGAAGUAAUAGAUGGAUUCCCCACAUAUAGUUACACAGAGAUCUUGGAUUUCGGGAAUGAUAGUCGUACAACAUUUCUUCAAUCACAAGAAGCGAGGCAUCAAUAUCUAUAUGAACCAAUCAGCUCUAGUGAUGUAGCUACACUUGUUUAUACUAGUGGAACUACCGGCAAUCCAAAAGGUGUUAUGCUUACGCAUUCAAAUUUUCUUCAUCAGAUUUUGAAUCUGCGAGAUUUUUUACCUUUUGCACCUGAGGAUAUAUUCUUGACAAUGCUUCCUCCUUGGCAUGCGUACGAACGUUCUGCUGAAUAUUUUGCCCUCUCUUUCGGAUGCAAGUUAGUAUAUACCACAGUAAAAAACAUGAAGGAUGAUUUAAAACAUUUUAAGCCGCAAUACCUCUUAUCAGUUCCUUUGGUAUAUGAGUCACUAUACAGCGGAAUUUUGAAGCAAAUUAAUAGAAGUGGCCCUACUGAGAAGCUCAUUGCCUUGUUUUUUUUAAACAUCAGUUUGACAUACAAGGAGGCUAAGAGGAUAUAUGAGGGGAGAUGCUUAACAAAAGACCAGAAACAACCUUCUUAUCUUAUUUCAGCUUUAGAGUGGUUACGGACUAGAGCAAUUGCUGCACUAUUGUCUCCACUGCAUCUGGUGGCGAGGAAAAUAAUUUAUAGUAAAUUUCACACAAAUAUUGGCAUAUCUGAGGCCGGGUUAAGCGGAGGUGGUAGCCUUUCUUCUCAUGUUGACAAGUUCUUCGAGGCAAUUGACCUAACGAUACAAAAUGGAUAUGGUUUAACAGAAACGUCUCCUGUUGUUGCUUCUAGGCAUCCAAACUGCACGAUCCUUGGCUCAGUUGGAGUUCCUGCCCGAUACACAGAAAUAAAAGUUGUAGAUGUUGAAACAGAUAAGGUCCUCCCCCAUGGUUCAAAAGGCAUUGUCAAAGUCAAGGGACCGCAAGUUAUGAAGGGCUACUACAAGAAUCCAAUGGCAACAAAGCAAGCCAUUGAUGAGAAUGGAUGGCUAAAUACUGGCGAUCUUGGAUGGAUUGUUCCUCAUCAUUCGAUAGGCCCGUCCCGCAAUGCUUCAGGUGUUAUUGUUCUUGAAGGUCGUGCCAAGGACACUAUAGUACUUUCAUCAGGUGAAAACGUUGAACCAUCUCAGAUUGAAGAAGCUGCAAUGAGUAGCAAUUUAAUUCAACAUAUUGUUGUCAUUGGUCAAGAUAAACGACGUCUUGGGGCCAUUGUUGUACCACAUAAGGAGGAGGUACUUUCUGCUGCAAAAAGAUCAUUUGUUGUUGAUUCUGAUGCCACCGAAGUUAGCAAGGAGAAAACAACCAAACUAAUACGUGAAGAACUAAAAAAAUGGACCACGAGUUGCACUUUCAAAAUCGGGCCACUUCUCAUUGUUGAUGAGCCUUUUACGAUUGAUAAUGGUUUAUUGACUCCAACAAUGAAAGUCAAGAGAGAUAAAGUAGCAGAUCUAUACAAAGAGCAAAUAGACAAAUUAUAUAAGUGAAUUUUUAAAACUCAAAUGAAUAUGUUUGUAACACUAAAUUAAAGCUUUAAUGACAACUUAAUGGCAUCUUAGAAAUAUUAACUAUUGUGGGUGUCCAUGCUAUGUAAUAAGUGCAUUUGUUUAACGCAUGUUAGCCAUUUGAUCCAAC